AUGUCAUUCGCAUCAGCUGUCGUGAGUUGGAACGUUAAGGCUGAUGAGGAAAUAAUCGACCUGGGAACAAAUCCCGGGCAGCUUAUGAUUACACGCACUAACCACUCAGACGUCUUACUUUGGAAAGGCUAUACCAACGUAUAUUCCGACUUUGGACUUCUACAGCAAAGCAUUGCCGAUGAAUGA